AAUUCAAAUAAAUUUAAUUGUUAAUUUUUUUUCCUGUUCAGUUAUAAGUGACUCUUUUUUCACCGGUCUCACUGGUCCUGGUUGUGGAUCGAUUUACCAGUGACCGGCCAUGUAGAUCUCUGAUCGUAGCUUUUAUCAAAAUUAAUUGAAGGAUAGAGUGGAAAGGAGAGAGAGAGAGAGGGGAUGGAUUUUGACGAGCACGAAGAGCAAGAGGAAGAGAUAGGAAUGGCCGAGGCUCCGGGUUACGACUCGUUAGGCAACUCAUCAGCUCGGUCUAAAAGCGGCGGAGGUGGUGAUGGUGCUGCCGCAUCAGUACCACCAGCUUCCCGAAAUAAUAGCAGGGCGGUUAGGUACAGAGAAUGUCUCAAGAACCACGCCGUGAAUAUCGGGGGACACGCGGUAGACGGUUGCGGUGAGUUCAUGGCUGCAGGCGAUGAAGGCACUCUGGACGCGCUCAAAUGCGCCGCCUGUAACUGUCACCGAAAUUUCCACCGCAAGGAGACGGGUGGGGAUCAGUCUUCCUUGUAUUCACUCCAGCACCAGCAUCAGCAACUCCAAUUCUACCGCGGCCCGCCUCCGGCUGGAUACUUGCACUUGACCCCAACCCCGCGGCCCCUGGCUCUACCCUCGGCUUCCGGGGGUGGAGGCUACAGUAGAGAAGAGGAGGAUGUUUCGAAUCCGAGCAGUAGCGGCGGCGGAGGAGGUAGUGGAUUGAAGAAGCGGUUUAGGACAAAGUUUACGCAGGAGCAGAAGGAGAAGAUGCUGGCAUUUGCGGAGCAGCUGGGGUGGAGGAUACAGAAGCAUGAUGAUGCAGCUUUGGAGCAGUUUUGUGCAGAGACGGGCGUGAAGCGGCAUGUGUUGAAAGUCUGGAUGCACAACAACAAACACACCCUCGGUAAGAAACCCUAAUCUUUAGUUUUCACUAGCUAGUAUUGUCCCACAUUUGGUGACUGCCUUAGUGAAAGAGUGCAAUUGAUUGAGAAUAGUUCAGAAAGGGAACUAAUUAAUCAAUUGUGCAAGAAAUUUAACUAGCUAGGGUUCUUACCGGUUUCUCUACCUAUCUUUUUUUGGUUCUUUUAGCUUUUAUUUUUUGAUUUUAGUUGAGUUUAAUUUGAUCUGUGUAGAAGAUGGUGAACACUCGUUAUUUCUUAAUUCUCAGUGCAUUUGCUACUGAUGAUGGUAAUGGUAAUGAAUGAUUGUUCAAAGCUAGUUUUCUAGUAUCCUCCUCUCUCAUGAAUUCAUCUGGUAAGGCUGAUGAUGAUGAUCAGAUCAGAUCGAUAGAGAAACAAACGUGUUUGGCA